UGAACUACAGACUAUAAUCAUUAUUAACUCACCGACUCUCUCUCUCUCUUAAAAUGGAUUUUCUCCCUCUGCUUGAAGCGACUGGAAUACUUCUAGCCUUACUUCUAUUCUACAACCUGUGGUGGUCGAAAACAUAUACGAAUAAGUAUGCACCGGAGCCAAAAGGUGCCUGGCCGAUCAUAGGCCACCUCCAUCUUCUAGGGGGAAAAACUCCGGUUUUCCGGACUCUUGCGGCCAUGGCCGACAAACACGGGCCGAUUUUCACAAUCCGGCUCGGUUUGCGGUGUGCCCUAGUGGUGAGCAGCAAGGAAACCAUCAUGGAGUGCUUCACCACCAAAGAUCGCGCCUUUCUGACACGCCCAAAAUCUGCUGCAUUGAAAUACUUGGGGUACGAUGGUGCCAUGUCAGCGCUCGGUCCUCACGGGCCUUAUUGGCGCGAGUUCCGUAAGGUGACGACUCUCGAGCUCCUAUCCAACCGUCGCCUGGAGAUUCUGAAGCAAGUGCGAGCCUUGGAAGUGGGCUCGUGCAUCAAACACUUGUACUCGUUGUGGGUCAGACAACAAAGUAGUGUUUCCGAAAGAAGCGAGAAUUUUUUUCGACCUGGUGCCAUCAAGGUUGACAUUUCUCAAUGGUUUCGGCAUGUGACUAUGAACAUGAUACUCCGGCAAAUUGUAGGGGUGCGGUAUGGCCUUGACGAUGAUGAGAAAGACGAGGAGGCUAGGCUUUUCACAAGAGCCAUGGACCAGUUUAUGUAUCUAACUGGAGCUUUCGAGUUUUCUGAUGUGAUACCGGGCAUUGAGUGGAUGGAUUUGCAAGGACAUGUGAGGUUGAUGAAGCAAAAUGCUGAAGUGAUGGACUCUUUCAUGAGCAGAUGGCUGGAAGAACAUGUCCAGAGCAGGAAAAAUGGCCUGAUGAAAGAGGAACACGACUUCAUGGACGUGUUGUUGUCUUUAUUUCCAGAAGACGGCGUGGAAUAUGGGCACAAGUGUAGGAACAUUGUCAAGGGAGUUUCCCAGAGUCUUAUCACGGGAGGCUCUGAUACCACGACAGCUGCCAUGACAUGGGCACUUUCCCUACUCCUAAAUCAAAAAAAAUCUCUCGAACUUGUCCAACAAGAACUAGACACCCGCGUCGGAAGAGAAAGGUGGGUGGAGGAAUCUGAUAUAAAAAACCUAGACUAUCUCCGGGCCUCGGUCAAGGAAACAUUGCGACUCUACCCUCCAGGCCCCCUAUCAAUUCCCCGUGAAGCAAUGGAGGAUUGCCACGUGGCUGGCUACUUCGUUCCUAAAGGGACUCGCCUGAUCGUGAAUCUGUGGAAAUUACACCACGACUCUCGUGUUUGGACCGAUCCUCAUGAGUUCCGGCCAGAGAGGUUUCUUGAUACCAACGGGGAAGAGGAUCGAACGGGAAGGGAAUUCGCGUUCUUGCCGUUUAGUGGGGGGAGAAGAUCAUGCCCCGGGAUGACCGCGGCAUAUCAGCUGAUGCACUUGACGCUUGGUCGUUUGCUUCAGGGAUUCAAUGUCGUGAUGCGGAUGGACGAGGCAGUGGACAUGAGUGAGGGGUUGGGGCUCAGCCUGCCUAAAGCAACCCCGCUCGAAGUCCUGCUCUCCCCGCGCCUCAAAUGCGAGCUUUAUAUGCAGUAGACAUCAACGUUUGGGAUAUGUAACAAUAACUUUUUAUAAUCCUGUUAGUCUCUUUCGUUGCUUUUCGAAAUGGAACUCUAUGUUUUAAUUGUCCGGCUA